AUGCAGUCAAAAACACGACUGGUAUCAAUCAUCGUUGGUAGCUCUAUAGCUGUCGCUUUCAUACUUUACGUCGUUAGCAAUGCCCUUCCUGAAUGGAGCAAAAUCUCCGAUGGAUCUAAUAAUACAUCGAAAUUUGGUCUUUGGCAAGCUUGCUUAUCUAUUAUCGGUGUUACCGUGUGUUCCGAUAUUAAAUGUCCAGAAGCAGAUGGUAAUACUUCGUUUUGCAGGAAAGUACUAACCGGUCGAGCUUUCAUGACAUUAGCCUGUAUCCUAUCCGGCAUUUGUGCUAUUUGCUUGAUCGUAUAUGCAGCUGUGAGUGACAAGGUGCCUAACAUUGUGCUUAUUGCAAGCAAAGUUCUGGCAUUCAUUACACUUAUUAUGGGUAUAAUUGGAGUUGGAGUUGGUGGCAGUAUCUCACAAACACUGAAUGAAACUUUCGGAAGAUACUCGUUGGGGGCGAGCGCAAUCGUUGGUAUUAUUGCUGUCAUUAUCAACCUUGGUGGCGCGAUAGCAUCACUCUUCAUUCAGUAA